AUGAGCGACGAUUUCCUACGGCUAGUCUCGCAGGCGAACCCAGCUUCAAGAGAAUACCAACCAGCCAACAAUAAUAACAACGGCUACCCCCCUUCAACUUCUGUAUCCGGUCCUUAUGCCAACUCGUCCGACCCGCAGCUAUUGGAUCCCUUUUUCGACGAUGAUGAUGACAUGCCCGAUUCUGCCUUUGGAAGGCCGAUGCCAAUGGAGUCUCAAGAGAGCGGCCUGCCGUUAGCUCGUUCUGCUGCACCGCCGGCCGGUGUAUCCAAAGUCAUGCUCGGAGACGGCGUUCCUCAGGGCUGGAACUUUGAUGACGACGAUCUGCAAACUUCAAAUCAGCGGCCCUUCCAAGGCUCGCAUUCCUUUCCCGGACAGGCUUCCUCUGCUCUUGAAAAAAGCUCAAGAAAAUCAAAGAAGCGGGCUUGGAGAUGGCCCUGGCAACGGGAGAAGGUGCUAGAGGGCGAGCGAGUAAUUGCCCUCAAUAAUAGAGCUGCGAACGCGGAAUUCAUCUCGAACUAUGUGUCUACGAGCAAGUAUAAUAUGAUAACGUUUGUCCCCAAGUUCUUGGCAGAACAAUUCUCCAAAUACGCCAAUCUUUUCUUCCUCUUUACCGCUUGUAUACAGCAGAUACCCGAUGUAUCACCUACUAAUCAGUAUACUACGAUUGUACCGCUGGCGGUUGUCCUAUUAGCUUCUGCAUUCAAGGAGGUGCAGGAAGAUUUGAAACGACACCAAUCAGACUCCGAGCUCAACGCACGGAAGGCCAAAGUCCUUGAAUCUCAAGGCACCUUCGAGGAAAAGAAGUGGAAGGAUAUAUCCGUGGGCGACGUGGUGCGGUUAGAAAGCAACGAAUUCAUUCCUGCCGACAUGGUCCUCCUCAGUUCAAGCGAACCGGAAGGGUUAUGCUACAUCGAGACUUCGAAUCUAGACGGUGAAACCAACCUCAAAAUCAAGCAGGGUUCUCCUCAAACUUCUUCAAUGACAUCGCCUCACAUGGUCACAUCUUUACGCGGAUCUUUACGCUCUGAACAUCCCAAUAACUCCUUGUACACCUUCGAGGGUACCGUGGAGCUUUUAACAAGUAUGGGAACACCGAAGCAAGUGCCUUUGGGCCCUGAUCAACUACUGCUUCGUGGAGCUCAGAUUCGGAAUACACCUUGGCUGUAUGGCCUUGUCGUGUUCACUGGGCAUGAAACUAAAUUGAUGAGAAAUGCUACCGCUGCUCCGAUCAAGCGCACGGCUGUUGAAAGACAGGUCAAUGUGCAAAUCGUGUAUCUGUUCAUUUUGCUUUUGCUUUUGUCCAUUGGCAGUACGAUCGGAAGCAGUAUUCGGACUUGGUUUUUAUCUAGUGCCCAAUGGUAUCUCGUCGAGACCACAACGUUGAGCGCAAGAGCGAAAACAUUCAUCGAAGAUAUCCUGACGUUUAUCAUUCUGUACAACAAUCUCAUUCCAAUUUCCCUGAUUGUCACAAUGGAGGUAGUCAAGUUUCAACAAGCCCAGCUCAUCAAUUCCGAUCUUGAUAUGUACUACGCCCGUACCGAUACCCCGGCCCUAUGUCGAACAUCUUCCCUUGUUGAAGAACUAGGUCAAAUCGAAUACGUUUUCAGUGACAAAACCGGCACUCUGACCCGAAAUGAGAUGGAGUUUCGAAUGUGCAGUAUAGCGGGAACUGCGUAUGCUGACGUGGUAGAUGAAAAUCGGAGAGGUGACGGCGAAGACGGUAAAGGUAACGAGGACGUUUGGAGGACAUUUGCAGAGAUGAAGGCGAUGCUUGAGGACAAUGCCAAUGCCAAUCCGUUCGUGGAUCCGUCUGCGUCAGGAUCAUUAACGUCGGAUGCGGAUAGGGAGAAAGAGGUCAUAAGAGAAUUCCUGACGCUAUUGGCGGUUUGUCAUACUGUGAUACCCGAGGAAAAGGAUGGAAAGCUCCAGUAUCAAGCUAGUAGUCCUGAUGAAGCCGCUUUAGUCGCUGGAGCUGAGUUGUUGGGGUACCAGUUUCAUAUUCGGAAGCCCAAGUCCGUCUUUGUCAAUGUUUUAGGCGUGUCACAGGAAUUCCAGAUUCUCAAUGUUUGCGAGUUUAACUCUACUCGGAAAAGAAUGUCAACAGUUAUACGAAUGCCCGAUGGAACGAUCAAGUUGUUCACCAAAGGCGCCGACACCGUCAUCUUGGAGCGAUUAAGCAAAAAUCAACCUUACACCGAGAAAACGCUGGCCCAUCUCGAGGAAUACGCUACUGAUGGUCUCCGGACUCUCUGCCUUGCUUCCCGGGACAUAUCCGAACAGGAAUAUCGCCAAUGGUCCACGAUAUACGAUCAAGCUGCCUCAACCAUCAAUGGUCGUGGUGAUGCUCUUGAUCAGGCAGCCGAACUAAUCGAGAAAGAUUUAUUCCUUCUUGGCGCUACAGCAAUUGAAGAUAAACUUCAAGAGGGUGUUCCGGAUACUAUUCACACACUACAACAGGCUGGUAUCAAGGUUUGGGUUCUGACUGGCGACCGACAAGAGACAGCUAUCAAUAUCGGGAUGUCAUGUAGGCUGAUAUCCGAGUCAAUGAACCUCGUCAUUGUCAACGAGGAAACGGCUCAAGGCACUGAAGAGUUCUUGUCAAAACGAUUGGCUGCCAUCAAGAAUCAGCGCAGUACUGGGGAGCUCGAGCUUGAGGAUUUAGCACUUGUCAUCGAUGGAAAAAGUUUGGCUUUCGCUCUUGAAAAACCAAUAUCGAAAGUGUUCCUGGAACUGGCUAUCAUGUGCAAGGCUGUCAUCUGCUGUCGUGUUUCUCCAUUGCAGAAGGCCCUUGUCGUCAAACUUGUGAAAAAGAACCAAAAGGCCAUCCUACUAGCUAUCGGUGAUGGUGCCAAUGAUGUCAGCAUGAUCCAGGCGGCACACGUUGGCGUCGGUAUUUCUGGCGUUGAGGGCUUGCAAGCGGCGCGUUCCGCAGAUGUAGCGAUAUCCCAAUUCAGAUAUCUGAAGAAAUUAUUACUAGUCCACGGUUCAUGGAGUUACCGAAGGCUCUCUAAAUUGAUCUUAUAUUCGUUCUACAAGAACAUUACCUUAUAUAUGACUCAGUUUUGGUUUUCGUUCUUCAACAAUUUCUCUGGCCAAAUUGCAUACGAGUCCUGGACCUUGUCGCUAUACAAUGUUGUAUUCACAUUGUUACCCCCAUUGGUGAUCGGCGUCUUUGAUCAGUUCGUCUCCGCGCGAAUACUGGACAGAUACCCGCAGCUCUAUAUACUCGGUCAGAAGAACGAGUUUUUCACAAGCAAGGCAUUUUGGAUGUGGGUUAUCAACGCCCUAUAUCACUCUGUCAUUCUGUUCGGAUUCUCUGUCAUACUCUGGUGGGGGGAUAUCAAACAGGCUACCGGCUAUGACACUGGCCAUUGGUUCUGGGGUACAACACUAUACCUUGCGGUCCUUCUCACAGUGCUUGGAAAGGCGGCCCUCAUUUCCGAUAUCUGGACGAAGUACACGGUUGCAGCAAUACCAGGAUCCUUUGCUUUCACUAUGGUCUUCCUUCCUAUCUACGCUGUGGUUGCUCCCGCAAUAGGGUUCUCUAGGGAGUACGAAAAUAUUGCUCCUCGUCUCUGGACGGAUGCUGUUUUCUAUUUUGUCCUUCUUUUGAUUCCAAUAUUCUGUCUCAGCCGUGACUUAGCUUGGAAAUACUACAAGAGAACGUACAUGCCCUCCUCUUACCACAUCGCUCAGGAGUUACAGAAGUACAACAUUCCCGAUUAUCGCCCUCGACAAGAACAAUUUCAAAAGGCAAUCAAGAAAGUUCGUGCGGUCCAACGUAUGCGUCGCAACCGUGGAUUUGCGUUCAGUCAGACAGAGAAUGGCAAGCAGGACCAGGCAAAGCUGAUCAGGGCAUACGAUACCUCAAAAUCGGAUGCUAAACCUUCAGGCUACUGA